AGGGAGGAGCAUCCCGACUCAUAGCGUACACAACACACAGGGUGAAGGGGACGGUGAGACGAAACAAGAAGGCGACCAGAUGAUAUAGGUUACAUGACGUUUCCCAGCCAUGUCUGCCUUUCUUAUUGGGAUUUUAACCAUUUUGUUGUCUCUCUUUCUCUUUUGUUUGUUUCUUGAGCCCAGGAAAAGGCGUCCCGGUGAGCCUCCGUUAGAAGCAGGCUGGAUCCCGUUUCUUGGGGUCGCAUUAGAUUACGGCAGAAACCCAUUGGCUUUUCUACGGGAGACACAGAAGAAGUGUGGGGAUGUGUUUACAUGUAAAAUCGCUGGGAAGUAUUUCACAUUUAUUACGGAUCCGUUUUCUUUCCCGGCCGUUGUUCGACAAGGGAAAAACUUGGAUUUCAUGAAGUUUGCCAUCGGCUUCUCCCAGCGGGUCUUUGGUCAUGCUGACUUUACAGCACCUGCAUAUACAAGCAGUUACAGAGAAGUCCACUCCUUAUUUCGUCAAACACUGCAGGGACCAUCACUCACACAGUUGACUGAGAGCAUUUUGGGUAACUUGCAGGCUGUGUUGAGACAAAACCUACCCAAGGGUGAAGACUGGGAGGAGGAGGGGCUCCAGGAUUUCUCUUAUCGUAUCAUGUUUGAGGCAGGAUUCCUAACUCUCUUUGGGCAAGAGGUGGGCAUGUUGGAGAAAGGAGAUAACAGACCAGCCCAUGCUGAUCUAUGCAUGCACCAGGUGGCCAAUGACUUCUUGGUUUUUGACCGUGCCUUCCCCAAAUUGGCAGCGGGGCUGCCCAUCCACCUGUGUGUACGUGCUUGGCUAGCACGCGAGGCCCUGGCUGAGAAAUUCCACCAUGUUCGGCUGCAACGCCACCAAAGCAUUUCUGCCCUCAUCAAGCGCAGGAUGGAUGCCUUUGAUCGCAUGCGGCUGGAUGAGCGUGGCAAGGCACGCACCCAUGUGUGCAUGCUCUGGGCUUCGCAGGCCAAUACUCUCCCCACUGCCUUCUGGAGUCUCUACUACAUGCUCAGUUCUCCAGAAGCUCUUAGAGAAGCUCGUGCAGAGGUGGACCUUGUGCUGGAGCAGUCAGGUGAUCCAGAGCAACCAAUCAGUAUCUCAAAGGAACAGCUGGACUCAAUGGUGAUUUUAGGAAGUAUCAUAGAGGAAGCUCUGAGAUUAUCCAGUGCCUCCAUAAUGAUUCGUGUUGCUAAUGAGGAUUCCACCAUCACUCUGGACUCGGGACAAACUGCUGCCAUCCGAAAAGGAGAUUACAUCGCCUUGUACCCUCAGCUUAUACAUAUGGACCCAGAAAUAUAUCCCAAUCCUACGGAGUUCCAGUUUGAUCGCUUCCUGGACAAUGAAAGGCAGAGGAAGAGCCUUUUCUAUAAGAAUGGCCGCAGGCUAAAGAAUUUCUUGGUGCCCUUUGGCUCAGGGGCAAGCGAAUGUCCUGGGAGGUUCUUUGCAGUAUGUGAAAUCAAGAUAUUCCUAGCGCUGGUGCUGUGGCACUACGAUCUGGAGCUUGGACACUCAAAUGCUCCACUGACCACAGACUGUACGCGCGCAGGACUAGGCAUCCUGCCGCCCACACAAGACGUCCUUCUCCGCUACAGAGUCAAGCCCAGGGCCAGCACGUCCGACACAUGCAAAGAGGAGCAGCAAGGGGAAGGGGAUAGUAAUGGGACAGUUGAAAUGACAGAGUAGCACUAAGAGGUAUAGUAAGUAUAAAUACUCUUUUGAUCCCGUGAGGGAAAUAUACUGAGAGAAAGACAGCAGAGAGGAAAAAGAGAUACUUGUGUAAUGAAGAGUAUCAUGUAAAGUGUGCAGUAAGAAAAGUGGGAAGCGUUGGAGAAUAUUGAAAUUAAAAUGAGAAAAUUAGGCAAAGCUUUCUUAAUGCAGCAGCUGAUAUUGUUAUACUUUUUUUGGCAUAUUUCUGUCAUUGGUCCUGUUUUGGGAUUUCUGUCUUGUUUUGUACACACUUGUGGCACAUUGUGGCAAUUACUCCAUGGAAGUGUUGAAUGCUAGAGUAAUAACGGAUGAAUUCCCAGAGCCUGGUUCUGUGAUUGUGAAGUAACAGAAGUAUUAUAAGCAACAGAAGUAUUAUAAAUUUAAUAGUGUUUCUGUCAUACAGGAUUCAGUUUAGAUGAGAAAUGUAUAAAAUUGUAUACAGUAUGUGUUGAAUUCUUGUUCAUGUGGUGCAAGAAGAUAGAUGUAGUUUAAGCGUAGCCUAAAUGUUCGAGGGACCAACCAUGAAAAAUAUGAGGGUGGAGGAGACAAAUAUCAGCAUUAGCAUUUCAUAUUUUAAAAUAAUCAACAAUGAUGGUUAAAACAUUUCUGGGUGAGUUUAUGCUAGGAAAUGCACAAGUCAGUACUGGCUUGAGACUAAUGUUGUGUCGCUUCAGCUUUUAUUUGUGUGCAUUGUGUGUUCAACUAUGGAAAACAUGUAGGCCUGCUGCCUGCAGAGAAUAAAAGCAUGUAGGCUAUUUUUAA